AUGUAUGCGACGGCACAGAAGAUGCGUGCAGCGAUCAGCCACAAGUUUGGACGUGAUUUCGGAUUUGGAGAACAGUCAUGGGGCCAGAAUCCGCUCACUGGCAAAUAUAGCGGGAAUCCCUCUCUCUCUGUUGUCGUUUCACAGUACAUGGUUAGUCUCCAACGACGCAAGAUCCGUGCCGGAGAAGACGUGACCAGUGCACGCGCGAUCACUGAAGAAAUCGUCAAGAGGCUCUGGGAGUUUAACAUCGACUUCCAGCUGACCGACAGCAGCCAAACAACCUCGCGGAAGCGAAAGGCUGAGUGUCCUGAGCAAUGGGCGGGGCACCGGGUUCGCCGCAUGCUCCAUCUCCUCUAUGUCAUCUCGAUGCUCUGCUUACUCCGGGUGGACGAAGCGUUACGGAUCAUGUGGACGGACAUCGAAAUGCUCGUUGUGGACAUCGCCGGCAAGGGCAAGGUCCACUGUGUCCGACUCGACUUGCCUUUUCGGAAAACAGCCCAAUACGGUGGGAUUGCACCGUUUUACCUGUAUCCGGCGAAUGUACAAGACCGACAUCUAUGCCCAGUCACAGCAUUCGCGGAGUGGUGGAAAAUCUGCAAGGAUUUGAACAUAGAGCGUGCAGGCUACAUCUUUCGUAAGCGCGUCGGGUUGGAUAACAUAAGUGUCAGAGCUUCAGAUGGCAUGUCGUACGACAGCUAUGUUGAGUGCUUUCGGAAUAAUCUCCUCGACAUCUCCAUAGAUCCACGGCCUUACGGAACACAUUCAUUCCGCCGCGGUGGUUGUCAAUAUCUCGCUGUGGUCAAGAGAUGGCAUAUUCGCGACAUAUGCACUUGGGGAGGUUGGGCAGAGAACUUCGACAAUCCUGGCACGAUUUUCAAGUACCUAUUGUCAUCGGUAGAUGCCCCUCUCGUCGACAGAAAGGACUAUUUCAACCCCUUCAGGGCUGCCAGUGAUCCUUGUAGCCAGUGCGGACGAACAUGUCCUUGCGCAUAG